UGCACUGCGGAUACGUGCGCGCGCGGGUCCAUUGACGAGCGACCGCGGGAAAGUUCUAAAAAAGUCAAAACAAAACAAAGAACCAGUACGAGGCAAAGUCAAAAUUUCAAGCCACAGAACCGGGCGGUGGCAGCCUUUCCGCCACUGCCCAAACUGCUGAAGCAGCUCUGGCGCGGACCAGCUGAUUCGAUGUGUGUUCACUGUUUCCUUCAGUGUGUGACAAACCACUGUGAAGGUACAUCACCUUUUCCCUUUUUCUGAGAUGGCUCAAGAUUCAGUAGGCCUUCCUUCUGAUUUUCAGUUUUGGAUGCGGAAGCUUUCCGUAUGGGACCAGGCAUCCACUUUGGAAACCCAACAAGACACCUGUCUUCACCUGCCUCAGUUCCAGGAGUUCCUGAGGCAGUUGUAUGAAGCCUUGAAAGAGAUGGAUUCAAAUGCAAUUAUUGAAAGAUUCCCCACAAUUGGUCAACUGUUGGCAAAAACUUGCUGGAAUCCUUUUAUCUUAGCAUAUGAUGAAAGCCAAAAAAUUCUAAUAUGGUGCUUGUGUUGUCUGAUUAAGAAAGAUCCACAGAAUUCUGGAGAAUCGAAAAUUAACUCCUGGACACAGGGGUUGUUAUCUCAUAUACUUUCCACAUUCAGAUCUGAUAUAAAAGAAGUUGAUCUUUUUACUCAAGUUCUUGGGUAUGCACCCACAGAUUACUAUCCUGGUUUACUUAAAAAUAUGGUUUUAUCAUUAGUGUCUGAACUCAGAGAGAAUCAUCUUAAUGGAUUUAACACUCAAAGGCGAAUGGCUCCUGAACGAGUAAGGUCCCUGUCACGAGUUUGUGUCCCACUUGUUACUCUGCCAGAUUUUGAACCGUUGGUGGAGGCUCUGCUCACCUACCAUGGACAUGAACCUCAGGAAGUGCUCUGGCCUGAGUUCUGUGAUGCUGUGAAUGAGGCUUUUUUGCUGAAGAAGAUUUCUCUCCCCACGUCAGCUAUACUCUGCCUCUGGCUUCGGCACCUUCCCAGCCUUGAAAAUACAAUGCUGCGUCUUUUUGAAAAGCUUAUGUCCAGUGAGAGAAAUUUUCUGAAGAGGAUCGAAUGCUUUAUGAAAGAUUCAUUGCUGCCUGCAGCUGCCUGCCACCCUGCCAUAUUCAGAGUUGUUGAUGAAAUGUUCAGGUACGCACUCCUGGAAACUGAUGGAGCCCUAGAAGUACUAGCCACUCUCCAAGUGUUUACACGAUGCUUUGUAGAAGCUCUGGAAAAAGAAAACAAGCAGAGAUGCCAGGAAAAUCAAUGGAGAAAGGAAAGUUUUCAACAAACGGCACUGAAACAAGUGGAUAUCCAGCUGAAGUUUGCAUUCAAGACCUACUUUCCUUAUGCUUCUCCAUCUCUUGUUAUGGUGCUACUCCAACACCCAAAAGAUAUCCCACAGGGACUUUGGCACCAGGCACUGAAACAUAUCUCUGAAAUGCUCAAAGAAGUAGUUGAAGACCAAACUCACGGGUCCUGCGGAGGCCCCUUUGAGAGCUGGUUUUUGUUCGUUCACUUUGGAGGAUGGGCUGACAUGGCGGCUGAGCAGUUACUGACGUCGGAGGCUGAGGCCGAAGCCCCAGAGGCCCUGCUGUGGCUCCUGGCUUUCAGCUGCGGUCCAGGCGCCGGGCGUCAGCGGAGAGCACAGACCAUGGUGGAGGUGAAGGCAGUGCUCAGCGGCCUCAUGAAGCUGCUCAGGAGUCCAACCCUCUCGGCCAGGGAUCUGCAGGCAGCAGCUGGAGAGGGCGGAGAGGGAGCUCCCAGACCGCCUGCCUGUCAGCAGCUGAUCAGGCGCCUCCUCCUGAACUUCCUGCUCUGGGCUCCCGGAGGCCACGCGAUUGCCCGGGAAGUCAUCACGCUCAUGGCUCAGACGGAUGCAAUAAUGCACGAGAUUAUUGGCUUUCUGGACCAGACCUUGUACAGAUGGGACCAUCUUUGUGUGGAAGCCCCUAGGUCAAGAAAACUGGCCCAAGAGCUCCUUGCAGAGCUGCGUGGGCAAGCCUAGCCCAGGCCAGUUAACCAGGGAGGCUACGCAAUGAAACGGUGGGGCCGCUUCUUAUGGCCUCCGUUUGUAGAAUGCAUUCCCUCUUUGAGUUGCAAGAAUGAGCCAUAAACAUCUUGGCAAGAUCUGGUAGUACAUAUUUUACAAAAUGAGAAGUCAGGUGCAUUCCCUCUUUGAGUUGCAAGAAUGAGCCAUAAACAUCUUGGCAAGAUCUGGUAGUACAUAUUUUACAAAAUGAGAAGUCAGGUGCUUUAGCCUGAAUUCAGUGAGAUUUACUCACUAAUGACGGGAUUAUGGUUCAGCAUUCCCUGUGCCUGUUCAGCCCGGAUGUCGAUCAGAGAAUCACUCUAGAAAAGGCUUGGAUGGGAGAACAGAUUUUUAUUUCCUUCCCCGCCGCCCCCACCCCAUAUCAAACCAAGAUGCACAACUAUUAUUUGGAUGUUUCAAACUCUUUGGACCAAGAAAUUGGUCAUGAACCACUGAUCAACUUAGAAAGUAACGUAGCCGUUUUUCACAGAUCUCUUUUUUAAGAAGUCCUGUAAUUGUUACUGGUAUUUCGUCUUAUCCACCAGGAUACUCUCUUGCUCCCCUAAGACGUUCUUCAUCCAGGAUGGUCAGGAUCCCUCAAGUUUCCCUCCCAUGCCCCCUGAGCAGAGCCCACCCAAGCCCAGUAGCAAGGAGUGGUGAUGGGGGAGCGACACUGCUUAGCAAUGAAAUAAAGCCAGCUUUGGGGCUUUUUGCUUUAUACUGGCUAAGCACUGGCUGUUACCAAAAGAGCUCAUAUUACCUCAAAGGUGGCUGACAGGGGAGGGUACAGGAUGUGUUCUAGAAACAUUGGAAGAGAUUAGGUGUCAGUUCUCUGUUAACUAAAAUGGGAACUGGAAACUUCUAAUAAAGAAUUGGCAAUGCUAACAUUAAUAUUUAUUUCACAUCAGUUGAAGAUAUUUUUUUCCUUUCAGGUUUAUUCUUUUGCUUCUUUUGUGUAUGAUCUGUUUGUCAAGUGAGUCCAGACUUUUCUGACCACUUGGAUUUCUGCAUCAGUCAUCUCUGAAUCUCCCUCAUUCUUGGCUCCUGUUUGAGGUAUAAGUAUAGUUUUGAUGUAUUAGAGGUUGAGCUUUUAGGGGAGUUACUUGUUUUGGUAUAUGGAUCCACCUGAAGAUCUGGAAAGUUCCAAGACCUUCUGACCUGAGCCUUUCUUUAGAGAAAUGUUACAGUAUGAAAGGUAUAUUGUUAAAAUACUUUUAUCACAAGUGCCAUCAUCAUAUGCUUCCCUUGGCGUUGAGGACGCCUCUCCUGUGUUGGCUUUUGCCAGGGAAGCUGUGAGCAACCUCUGUGGACAGGAAGAAAAGGGCUUAGUUUGGUGGCAGCGAGUAACCCCUAAACCGAGUGGCCGCUGGGAACCAGCCCCCCUGUGGGGAGCGCGCUGCCACGUGGACAUCCGUUCACACUGUGCUUCACAGCAAACAAUAAAAACCAGACGGUCUUCUCAGAUUGUUUAAGCUGCGUUUCUGGAAAACCCCUUCCUGUCCUGACCUUACCUCAGUCUGUUUGUAGUGUUUCCCAAUUCCUUUACAAAGCCUCUAACGUUCUCCUAAGCCUUGGACUUGGAUCAAAGAGGACAGAGCCCAAAACUAUAGGGAGAAAAGGCAUUAAUGACCACCCAUUAAUACAGAGGUUUUGUUAUUCAUCAGGACUUCAUGAUGUUUGCAGAAUUUGUUAGCUUUUUAAAAUGUGUAACUUGUUUUAUAGUUUGUCAUUCUAAAUAAAAAGUCACAUGGCACCUAAUUUUGUAUUCAUUAAGUAUUAUCAUCUUUCUCAGAGGAAGCUUCCCUCUACCCCCCAAUUAUGGAAGCUUCAGGUCUCACAAAACCUAGAUAGGUCUGCCCCUGGAAAAGACCACUUGUGGUUUAUCUCUAGGCCUGGGAAUCUUGCCACCAGAUGUCUGAAAACUGCCAAGGAGAGUGACUGUAGGGCAGGCAGUCAGCAGGAGCUGCUAAAACCAAAUGAAAUGCAUCAUACAUAUAUACACUUUUUUUCCUUUAAGCCAGACUUAAAUAUUACCACUGAGUCUAAGUUGAAUUGAUCUACACAUUGUUUCCCCCCAUUUCUCAAGAGGGAAUGCAUCUGACAAAGCAC